AUGCGUCAUCAUCAGUCGAUUUGUAGCAAAACGGUUACGCGGUGCGAAGUAGACGGUAGCGGCAAUAAGUCUAGCGAAGAAAUGAAGAAUGAAAUUUGUACUGCGGGGAGCGCAAACUGUACAAUUACUGCAGGGUCUCAAAUUACAACUAAGAAACAGGUUCUCCUCCAGACAGCGCGCGCCAUAGCAACUAAUGAGGGCGGCUUGAAAACGGCAACUGUUCGUAUACUAUUUGACAGCGGUAGUCAGAGAUCUUAUAUUACAGAUGACUUAAGACGGAAAUUGCGUCUCAAUGCGAUCAAGUCAGAAACAUUGCAUUUGAACACUUUUGGCGAUAACAAACAUAAGAAAUCAUGUCAAGUUUUUUAUUUAACGUUACUCGGCCGUAAUGGCAGUGAAUCAAAGACUUCCGUCCUUAACUUUCCUAUUAUAUGUUCACCCUUACCAGCCCUUGUUGAUAUUUUCGAUUAUCCACAUAUCCGAGAGUUAGAGUUAGCUGAUUAUGACGAAGGUCAAGGGCCCCCCCCCCACGACUCGAUUGAUGUUCUAGUAGGCUCGGAUUACUAUUGGAACUUUGUCACCGGGGAAACAGUCUGCGGGGAUUUUGGUCCGAUAGCAGUCAAGUCAGUGUUUUUGGUUGGAUGCUUUCCGGAAGGGCCGAAUUGGCUAAGUCCAAAGAGGAAGGACGUGAAAGGAUGUCAGCGAAUAUAG